AUGUUUGACUUCUCACAGACGCAGACCCACAAUGGGGCUUUGUUUUCACAGCCCGCAGGGUUCCCUCUUACCGUCGUAGAAUCUGGCAAGCGAAGUCCACAAGAAGCAUUCUCGGCAUCGUAUCAUUGCGAACGCCGGGCAUCAUUAGAAGACCAUGGGUACAUCUACUCCUGGAAGAGGACCAACAGCAAUGCAUCCCAUGAUGGACAACAAAUAAUCAACUCCUCUUCCUCGUGGGACGAAGAGGAACGAUCAGAUGAUGAUGAUGCGCUACUGUGCAAUCAGCCGUCUCCCGGCAAGAAACAGAGGAAGCAUCCUCGUCAAGAAGACUUAAACGAUGAAGGGAGCAAUCCUAGCGACGCUUAUCCUUAUCUUCGCAGGGGUAGCUAUCAAUCUCCCCCAACACAACAACGGCAGUCAGGGCAUCGAAAGGGACGCAAUCGAGCCUUUACGGGUGAAGACUUUCAAAGGCUCAUCAUUUCUCAAAUGUGAAUUGGUCAUCAUUGUUCUUGCAAUUCAUUUUGUACACGACGACUGCCCAUGCUUCAAAAUUCCGGUAGUCUAUCUAUUGCCACGAUAUAUAUAUAUAUAUAUACAGAUGAUUAUGUAGAUUGAAACGGAGGCACCCUGUCUCCAGCCAAGUUCCAACAGUGUUCCAUCGUCAUUUCCCAUUCAUGCACCAGCCAAGCUAAACCUAAACAAGCAACCUUCCCAUCUUGAUAGCUAAUACAUAAGAAACACUUGAUUC